CCUCAAUAUUAGAAAUAGAGUCUCAGAUUAUAUUAUUUUCUUUGCCAUUAAUAUCAACCAAAACACUGAUUAAUGGCAAUGACAGAAGCUUCUGCUUCAUGCAAAAGCAAAAACCAGAAAGGCUUGACGGCGAGCAACGAUGUCGUCGAAGCGGUUCAUCAGCAGCUUUGCGAUGACGAUAACGAUAACCACAAGAAGAAGAGAGAGAUGAUCACAGAUGAAGAAGACGACGUUGAUCAAGCUCGAAGACAGAGCGAUGCGACUUCUGCAAAAAUUAAUGAGAUUUUCGGGAGUGACGAGGUUGUUCGGGGCAAGAAGCAGAAGAAAUAUAGAUCGCUUGAGAGUAUUUACAUGACCACCAUUCCUAUUAUUGUUGAAGAUGAUAAAAACAGAAUCAUCAAGGCCAAUGUCUGGAGAAACCCCUAAUGUAGUUUUCACUUGUCUGUGGUCAAUAUUAUUUCAUGUUAGCAAUUAGGUAAGAUUAUAUCAAUUGACUUAUUAUUACUUGAGCGGAGCUAGAUUUUUC